AUGGCCAAUCAGAAGUCGCAGAGCUUGGAGCAACUUCUGUCAGCUGACUACUGGAGGCAGCUGUGCCCUCAGCUGCAUGUGGAAGACAAGAACUAUCAGGACGGUCUUACUGAUAGACUGCUGCAGAAGGCACCAACUGCCGCUGAUGCCUGUCGGGAGGUGAGGGCCGGUAUUCUGGAGGAAGGCUUUGCGUCUCUGCAGCCUUCCCAGGUGCAUUGGUCUGUGCAGGUGUCACAGCUGGCUGAAGGCAUCUUUGAACUCGAACGUCAGGGUUGGCCUCCAACCUUCAUCGCCAUGUACGACGAAGCUUGGGUCAUGGCCAAGGAUGCACAAGAAAUCAUGCGACUAGCGACAGGCAACAGCCUGUGUAUGGAUGUGGUUGCUUUCCUGGUACGUCCAACGCAGACAAAGGGCUUCUCGCCUCAUAGGGAUAGACAACCGGAGGACUGGGUGCCCAAGGGUGCUGCAGCAGAAACCUCCAGCACCUUCAAAGCAGAUGGUAUGGCGAAAUACGUCACUCUGUGGGCUGCGCUUACUGAUGCCACUCCAGAGAACUCCUGCUUGCACUUCGUGCCCAGAAGUGUGGAUCCAGGGUAUUCUGCCGGAGAUCCGGAAGAUGGAGAUCCUUUGCAAAGGGUCUUCCAGGACAAGGCCGCUUAUCAGAAGAUCCGCAGCGUGCCAGUGCCAGCUGGUGGUUGCACCUUUCAUACACAUCGCACCAUUCAUUGGGGCAGCGCAGGCCGGAACAGUGGGAGUGUCCCGCCACGGGUGGCGCUCUCCUUUGGCUUCAGCACCGAGGACUUUGAGCCGCCCUACUUUUCUCCCAAAGUACUGCCCUUUCCCGACCUCAAGCUGAGGGCUGCCUUGGUUUCAGCACAGGUGAUCAACUAUUCGACCCUUGCCGUGGGAGACAAAGAAGGUUGGACAGCUUUGGCAGGAGGCAUGGCUGGCUGCAAUGCGUCCAAACUGCGGCUUCUGCAUCGUGUCUUUCAAAGUCAACUGAAACGUUUCCAUCCAUCAUACAGGAAGGAAAUCGCGACAAAGUUCGUGUCAGUCUCUCUAAAUCUCUCAAGAGAGGGUGGUUCAGACGGUGCCGGUGAGGACACAAUGCCAAAGCAGAAGCGAAAGAAGAAGCGAACCAAGGUCACACCUGCGACAGCCGCACAAGGCACACAAGUCGCACAAGUUGCACAGGACAGCGAUGAUGAUGAUGAAGCCUUGAUGACGAUGUUGGAGACAGAAGCUGCUACUGGUGAGGUGCUCUUCCAUGACGACUUUGAUUUGCUGAAUGGCGGAAAAGACGAACAGAUCGACUGUGUGGAAGCAAAACCAGCAAAGAAGCUUCGAAAAAAGAAGCGAACACAAGGAACGCGACAAACACUUGAAGGAGCUGCACGGAGAGUGGACCCAGAGAGCAAAGCAGGCCGGCGGGAAUCGGAGCUGCGCCAGUGGCAGGAGGCAAUUGGGGAGGACGGGCAGCGCAAGUACUUCUACAACACUACCAGCAGGGAAGCAUCACACCAUCAUCCCGACAGCACAGUGAGGGAGCGUUGUGAACUCUUGAACGACAGGGUGCAAUUCUGUGAGAGGAGGUUGCCAGCCCCAGCGGCCGGGGAUGGAGAUCCCCACACUCCGCCUUGCGUACUGCCAGAGCCAUCGACAGGUGCAGGGGAGCACAUGGCGAGGUCGCCAGUCCGUUCAAAGCCUGCCAAGAGGCUGAUCCUGGAUAGUGAGCAAUCCAGUGGUGGCGAGAGCACAACAUCUGAAGGGCGCAAAGGCACCGGCAUGCCUCAAGAAGGGCCAGUUCUACUGGCAGAGGAUGCCCGGCGCAAAACCAUUUCAGGCAGCCCUGGAGGUCUACCUGUGAAGAGCUGGAUGAAGGUGGAGACUUAUGGGCAAACGUGUUUGAACCUGCGCCCAGAGGACCCAACGGACCAGAGAAUCAUGCAAAUCCUUCGGCCUGUCUUAGACCAGGAGUUGCCAUGGCCUUGGCUGGCAGAGGAGGAGCGACGGGACGUCUUCUCUCGCCACUUUUCCUUUCGGCACAGCCUUUCUCAGGCGAAGAGUGAAACGCAUCCAAUGCAGAGCUUUCACCUGCGAAUGGUGGACAUGCUGAGAAAGGUGAAUGUGCUGGCGCCCCGAGAGGAAGAGUUGAGGCCUGCUCUAAGGCAACUCAUGGAGGACUUUGAGCAAGGUGCGCAGCACAACGCUGAAAACAGCAAGACAAAUGUCCAGCUGGAGGUCACCUCCUCCUUGGCGCUGGCGCUGAUUGGCUGUCGCAUCAUCGCGCAGCAGCUGGGAAUGGCGGCCAUGGACUGUCCCAUCAAUCCUUGGGUUUCCGGUGAAGUUCCUCCCGAUCCUUCUGCUGGCCCUGUCAACGGGGAGGUCCACAUUCCUGUUGAUGACGCUGCAAUUCCUGCAGUCGAGGUUGGAACCUCAGCUGCAGCAGCUCCCUCUGAAUCAGCGCUCUACGGAGAUGAUACUCACGACACCCACGACCAGACCUCGUCCCCUGUAGAGCCUGGGCGGCCUGACGUUUCUGUCUCUGGCUAUGAUGAGCCACUGCGUCGUGCCGAGAUGCGUGCGGAGGAAGCUGCUGCGAAAGCUGCCUAUUCCACAGCCUCGCCUGAAGCUUCCCCGGUCACUUCGCCGAUUUCGCCCAGCAGAGCUGAUGCAGCCGCCCAGACGUCCAUUUCUGGCGAGGGCUUGCCUGCCUCAAGUCCAGGGGGAGAGGAGCAGAGCGCAGAGGUGGAAGAACUUUCGUUGGACGAGCAGCUCAAGGAGAUGUGUGCUUUGAUCCAGGCCAUGCGAUCACAGCAAGAGGCAGCUGAAAUUGAAGCUGAUUUCACAGAUACUUUAAAUCUCUGUGACCCUCAGCCGAAUGACACGGCCCCGAACGACAUCGCCCUGACCACUGUGUCCCAGCCCAAAAGCGAGGAAGUGCAACUGGAGACCUUUGGAGGGUUCCAGCUCCUGGUUUCCGAAGACCUGCGCCUCCUGACCCUGGACAUACAGCCUGCAGAAUCUGCAGAUUUUGACUUUCAGGGGUUUGAUGAGGUUUACUCGAUGGAAGCCCGCCCAACAGCGUCAGAAGACGACACACAACACCAGCAUGGGGAAGCAAGCCUCCAUUUGCUUUGGACAUUUUUGCUUCCAAUUUGUUUGGUCAAUGCUCGCAAUCAAGUGAUGCAUUGUGAAUCCUUGGCAUGGUCUGGUGGCUUUGGCGGUGUGGCGCCUGCUUGGGCUGGUCCAGCCGGGAGCGAGCCACGACUUUGGCCAGAUAGGCAGAGCGCUGUUUUGGAGCAGCCAGAACCAGAAGUCGCCUUGUCCCCUUGCAGUACUCGCGCAACUACUCGCCUUCAUGGUGUUGAGCGCUCGCAGGAUGAGGAUCGACGGGAGGCCAAGGGUGUGGCUACCACCUGUGAGCCAUGUGAAGCCAAGGUGUGGACUGGAGGGCUGUGGGAAGUUGUGCUGGAGUUGCAGCAGCUCCGUGAGCAGGUGAAGGAGAUCAAGGAGGCACUCAGUCCAGAAGCUUUGCAAAAGCAGGUCGCUGAUCUGCGUGUUGAAUGUUGA